AAGCUUUCACGUGAGCAGGCAGGCCACCUGAGGCACUUUUACAACUUGACGAAGCAGAAAGACGGCGAAUGGCGCCAUAUGGGGAGUCAAGAGCCAGGCCAGGAAUGGCUUGACGCUUACCGCUACCAACUAGCAAUCAUGACCUACGCCGCGGGAGCCGCUCAUUAUCACCACCUGCCUCUUUUGAGAUCUACCUUCAAGUCUUUGAUAGACAUGCUGAUCCAUAAGAUGCUGCUUCGGGACGUAUGGGGCUAUUGGUUUCUGACUAGCCACAGCGGCAAGCGACUGGACCCCGAUCUUCAACAGCUUAGACAACCUUGGGCAGACCCUGUUGUUCGAGAAAACAUCAUGUACUCCGGACAUUUGCUCCUGAUGAUUUCGCUCUACACCAUGCUCUUCAAUGACGACAAGUACAACGUGGACAGCGCACUCACAUUUAAUUGGAAUCCCAUUUUCUGGGGCAUGGGGCCAGAAAAGUUCUCCUAUAGUAGACAGUCUCUCCAGGCCGCCAUUCUAAAGGAAAUGGAGCGUGAGAACUGGAUGGGAGUCUGUUGCGAGCCCAACGCCAUCUUCGUCGUUUGCAACCAGUUUCCACUGAUCGCACUGAGUUAUAACGAUGUGAGAGAUAACACGGACAUCUCCUCAGAUGCCCUGGCAAAAUAUCAGGCAGCAUGGAAAGCGAAGGGCAUGGUCCAAAACAAUGGGUUGUUUUGCGACAGUUUUAACCCCAACCAGGGCAGUAAGACUGCUGGUUACGAGGUUGCUUUUACGUCUUGGGCUCUGGCAUUCAUGAAUUCGUGGAACCAUGAAGCUGUCAGUAAGAUUUGUGCGAAUCUAGCUCCUGGCUUUCUUGCCAAGCCGUCGCUCGAAAAUCAUGUCAUCGUUCCACACCCCAGGGUAUCACUCAAAAUCAGAGAACUGGUAUCGACACAGGGAAUGCAAGCUAUGGAUCCUGCCACCUUUGCAAAGGCAUCAGAGAUGGUGUCCGAAGACGAGCUGUCACUAGUACGCUCACCAUUCGCAAAGCCCAACUUCGCAUGCGCGAUGAUGUGGGUGUCUGAGCUUGGUGAUCGUUCCCUACUAGACGGCAUGCUGUCAUACGCAGAUGCAACUCUCAACCCGACCUGGGAGGAGGGAGGCUUAUUCUAUCCCACUAAAAGGUCGGCAACACCAUUCGACUACAGGUCUCCAGAUAUUGACGCUGUCACUGGCAAUGCCGGCAUCGCGUAUGGUCGCCUUAACGUCUUUGACGGACAACACAAGAUGUACGAGAAUCCUUGGACCGACCAGCAUUUUGCCGCUUAUCCUUUCGUGUCCAACGUGGAUCUUUCAAGUGGUGUGGACUUCUUGCGCGGCAAUUGGGAUGCUGAUUUAAAGGCGCUGGCGGUUACUAUGCGAUCAUGGGAUGGGCAAACCAAAAGGUCAAGGCUUAGGAUCCAGCUUUGCUUUUCUGGACUUGGUGAAGGAAGUUAUGGACUUUACCAGAACAACCAGCUCCGUGAGGUAUAUGAUGUUGGGGGAAGAGAUGCAAUGAUUCAGGUCGAUCUGGAAAUUUCCGGCGAUGAGAUGGAUGUUAUUCUUAAGCAGAGGCAGUAG